UAUUUCUGAAUCGCAGUUUGAAAAAAACAAAAAUUGAAAAUUUGAAAGUGGGAUAUAAUACUCGAAGUUGUUGGGGGUAUUUUUGGGCAAAUUAUUUAAACUAAAAAAAUUGGGUUCUUUGAAAUCAUAUUUAACAUAAGAUAGGAAAGAGAUAGAAAACAAAACAAGGUAACAGAAAAACAACAACAAGAAGAAGAAGAAAUGGAAGGAGGAGGAAUGCAGCAUUCUCAUUCUCACUGUCAAGUAAGCCUUGAUGACCUGCAACAAAACGGCGAGUCUCAAUCGCAGCAACAACAUCAAUACCAGGAAUCUCAAAAUGAUGAUUUCCUAGAUCAGAUGCUCUCAACAAUUCCUAACUGUUCGUGGCCCCCAACUCCCCAUGAUCUUCCUUCACCAACUUCUAACCCUAAUCUUUCUCUUAAACCCGGUGAUUCUCCUCCGGAUGACCGAGAGGCAGCGGCGGCAGCGUUUCAGUAUCCUUUCGACGAGGCGUCUUUAGUAUCUAAACUUCGCCAGCAGCAGCAUCAGCAGCAGAUGAAUGAAGUCACUGCGAAGUCAUUGCUGUUGCAGCAUCAACAGCAGUUUCUUUUAUCACGAAGGUCUCCUGGUGAUACCGCCCCUGCCGGCCCUGGAAUGUUGCCUUUGCCUUUGAGCCUUGGGAAUAAUGAUUCUGGUGUUGAUCCUUCCUCAUUCAAAUCUCAGGUUGGAACAGAAGCUUCAGUUCAGGCAUUGUACAAUGGUUUCGGCGGAUCGCUCCAUGCCAAUGCGCAACCGCCUAAUCAGCAGCAUUUUCACCCUCCUCCACCACCGCCGCCCCCUCAGGGAGGGAAUUUGACUGGUGGACAGAACUACGGAGGUCAGGGAGCAGGAAUGAACGGAGCGCCGCCAGCUAGCGCAUCAACAGGAGGGAGUAGUGGUGCCGGCGCCGGCGCCGGCGCCCCUCAAAGACAGAGGGUUAGGGCUCGCAGAGGCCAGGCCACCGACCCGCAUAGCAUUGCUGAAAGACUUCGAAGAGAAAGAAUUGCUGAGAGAAUGAAAGGUUUACAAGAACUGGUUCCAAAUGCUAACAAGACCGACAAAGCCUCAAUGCUUGACGAGAUCAUCGACUAUGUCAAAUUUCUCCAGCUCCAAGUCAAGGUACUAAGCAUGAGCAGAUUGGGCGGUGCAGCUGCUGUAGCUCCACUUGUUGCUGCCUCUGAGGGAGGAGCAGCAGGGCGGAGCAGCAACGGGAACCAGACAGCAUCAGGAAACGACAGCAUGAGCAUAACGGAACAUCAGGUGGCAAAGUUAAUGGAAGAAGACAUGGGUUCAGCAAUGCAAUAUCUGCAAGGAAAGGGGUUGUGUCUGAUGCCCAUCUCCUUGGCUACUGCAAUUUCAACAGCAACAUCACUCAAUCGCAGUCCACUGCCUCCACCUCGGCCUCACAUUAACAACAACACAAACCACCACGACAUCCAUCAUCAUCAUCAUCAUCCCCUAAUCCCACCACCAAUACCGUCAUCUAAUGUUGAAGGAGACAACAAUAAGGGUAAACCCACUUCUGAUUCUUCUGUCAAGGAUCCUUCCAACUGAUCUCUCAAUUUCAUAUUAUAACCAACUCUUCACCGUCCCUACCUACCAUAUCACUAACUUUGUUCUAUCAUUACAGUAGUUCUUUAAUAAUGUUAUCAGAGUUCUAAUUUAGUAUCAGAAUCACAAACCCAGUUGGAACAGGACGACGUGUGAUUCUGUUUACGUGGACUUUGGUGCGGGAUUAUCCCUAAACAACUUCACCACCCGACAAACCCCAAGAUUCCCUACGAAGCUUCACUUUUUUAAUAAUCAAAAUCUUAUCAUUCCUUUUUCCUUUUAAGUGUUCAAUUACAAUGCUAAAGAUACCAUUUCUUCUAGUUUCAUUAGUAUUGUAAUUGUUUCCUUUUUCUAUGCUAUAGUUUUUAUUUAUAUACUUGGACUGCCACGUCCUCAGGAUCUCUUUGUCAUUUUGUAAAUAUUACACUUAUUAUUUCUUUAAACACAACUCAGUACUUUAACCUCU